UCCCGCCUGGUCUGGAUCCAGCAGUUACAUGACCGAGAGAUCGAAAGUGAAACCUGCUCAGGCGGCGGUGAUGGUUCAGCCCUUUAACUCAGUUAAUUGGCGGAGUUCGGUGGCCUGCAGAGGAACAGAGUCUCUGCAGAACCUCUACUCUUUUCCGUCUCUACCUCGACUUUGAGAACUCGAAGGUCCGCCUCCACCACUCACUCCAUGCGCGCUCCCGCGGCCUGGCAGGCGUCUUAUCAGGGGAGAGUAGCUCUGCGCACCAGCGGCAUUUCCUGGUUCAGAGGACUGCGCAUUCGGCCUUCGGACCUGCGAGUUUCUGAGGCUUAACUGGUUCUGGUUCUCUGGCGGAACCGUCUCCAGACCUGUUCCCGGUUGUCUCGUGGUCUUCACUGGGUAACGGACAGUCGGGGUCCGUUCGGGGCUCGGGCGGAACGCGGAAAUAGGCUCGGUGCGCCUUUCAGGCGCUCGAGCAGCAGCUGACGGAGGACACCUGGAGCUGCAGGUUUGAGAACAGAGACCCGGAUGGAACUGUAACAUCUGGACAGUAACUCAGUACACGUUCAAGCUAAACCGGUCUGAUCUCUGGAUCUGGUCUCAGGAUCUGGCUUUAGGAUUCUCAUCCUGAGGAUCAAGAAUGUCCUUCAAAAUGCAUCUGUUAACGGGCAGAACUGUGGCUGUGAUCCUGCUGGUACUCCUGCUGCUGGGGGUGCUGUACAGCUACAUCUGGCGGCACUACAGAGACGGGAUCUUCGGGCAGGAAGUGAGGCCCGCUGACGGCAGCAGCUCUCGUGUGGACUUCACCAUUGUGAAUCACUGGUUCCACCUGGUGGCUUCUGACUAUCUUGAGUACCAGCAGCCCAGCAUCGUGCAGGGUAGUCGUACCGACGUGGUGACGGUGACGCCCUGGUUGGCUCCCAUCGUCUGGGAGGGAACCUACAACCCACAGCUUCUUGACAGCAUCUACAGACCGCAGAACAUCAGCAUCGCGGCCACCGUGUUCGCUGUCGGAAAGUACACCAAGUUCCUGAGAGACUUCCUGGAGACCGCAGAGCAGCACUUCUUCGUUGGUUUCAAGGUGCACGUUUACGUGUUCACCGACCGGCCGAAGGAGGUGCACCAAGUCAAAAUGGCCGCCGGCAGACAGCUGACGGUGGUGCCGGUGCCCGGCUCCAACCGCUGGCAGGAGAUCUCUGCUCGAAGGAUGGAGCUGAUCCAGACGCUGAUAGAGGAGAAGCUCCAGAACCACAUGGACUACAUCUUCUGUCUGGACGUCGACUCCAAGUUCCACGGCCGCUGGGGGACCGAGUCACUGGGCGCGCUGGUCGCUGUGAUACAUCCAGGUUACUACAAGGACGACCGCAGCAAGUUCCCCUACGAGCGCCGGCACGAGUCCACGGCCUACGUGGCUCCUGGGAAGGGGGACUUCUACUACUGUGGGGGGGCGUUUGGAGGCCUCCUGCAGGAAGUACACCGUCUCGCCAACACCUGUCGCACCAACUUUGAGGCUGACGCCAAGAAAGGCAUCGAGGCUGCCUGGCAGGAGGAGAGUCACCUGAACAGGUACAUGUUGAUCAACAAGCCCACUAAGGUGCUGUCACCUGAGUACCUGUGGCAGGACUUCAAACCCAGAAACCCAGAGGUUCGCAUCAUCAGAUUCUCUGGAGUCAUCAAGAACUACGCCGACAUCCGGCCCAACGUCUGAGUCUGACUCUGUUCUGGACAGGACUGGAACUGGACAGCACUUCCUGCCGUCAGUGUCACGACCCGUCCCCCUUCCAGACUCAGGGCCUAAUGUUGAACCUCUACUGAGCGCGUGCAACUCUUCUGUAAUACCACAUAUUCGGUCGUCCAGCUCAGCUUUAACCCUCCCUGUUCCUCGCUCGCAUCAGCGCCUGCUUUUCCCUGCCAGCUUCUGUCCGUUUUCCUGCAGCUGAACUAUGAAACUCCGGUGGUCUGCACUCACGGCGGGCCUGAAGACCUGCCGUGUGGCGCCGACUGAAGCUCCAGCUCGGUGAACACUAACAAGAUGUGAAGCGCUUGUCUCUGGAUUUCACAUGAAUGUAUGUAAAGAUUCUUUAAGGUCAGUUUUAGGGCUUUUGCUGCUUAUUUGAAUUCUUAACUAACCUUUAGGGGUAUUAAGUAAAGACGGUCCUCCAGCACAGCGAUGAACCUGCUGGAGUCUCAUCACAGUCAGGUUUCCACUCGUGCCUCUGAACACACUGCUGGGUGCGUCAUGUUACCCGGCUGGUUCCCUCUCUAUGCUAAGCUAAGCUAACAGGAAUGGAAAGGCUUUCUUUGAGCAAUGAUGAUAUUAACAGUAGUUUUCCACUGGACAGAGAUGAAUUCAGUUUACAGUUUGGGUAAUAAACACAGCUGACUCAUGAAA